AUGCAUAUAUUUGACUGUCUUAAUGAGGAUAUCAUCCACCUGCUUAUAGAAACACUGGCAGAGUCCUAUGGCGAGUCCAGGAGUAUAAAAUCUCCCUCUGAUGCGCCCAACACCAAAAAAUGCCUCGGCGCACUGCGAUUAUCACAUCCGAGAUUUGCCUAUUCGGAAAGCCUUCAUCGGCAUUUCUUCCACACCCUCAGAAUCAAGGCGUCCCCUGAGCAUGCCGCGUUCCUUCGGAUAUGUGAUCUGCCCCGCCUAGGCAGAUUUGUGAAGCGGGUCAUCUUUGAGCCAACCCAUCACAGCUGGGCCAUGGACCUGGAUUUGUUCCAGGAAAUCGUGGCCAUGCAGACACUAUACCGAAUUGUUCCAGAGCGAGACCGUACCCGGUUCCCUCAAGCAGAAUUACCAUUCUCUCGGCCCACGCGGCUGGCCGUGAUACAAAAAUAUGCUCCUGCAGGCUCCUUUUCAGAGGCAGAAGUCAUGAGCGCAUUCAACUCUUACUGCGUACGAGCGAAUCAAAUCCGAGCACUGUUUAUGAGGGGGGUGUUCCACAUGUUAUGGACUACUCUUCUUCUGAGUCUUCCCAAUGUCACCACCGUUAGGGUUGGCCGAGCGGAGUUGGAUGCGAGCGAGGAUGAGUUCGUUGCUCACCCGCCGGGCUAUGAAAUUCAUCCCCAUCCACACGAUAAUAGUCACGGCAUAUAUGCUUGCGAAUGGUUGGCAGGACCCGUCAGUGAUGCACUUCUGACGACUGUGGUGACUUGCAUGACUGGCGUGACAAUCCAGCGGCUCGAGAUCGAAUGUAUCUUCGGGCUCAACAUCGACUGGCAGCGAGACCCCAGGUGGGCCGCCCUCCGCUUCAAUGGUAUCGAAGAGCUUACUUUCAGUGUGCAGAACCGGGCAGAGUGGACGCCUCCACCCGUCUGGCGCACCCCGUUCUCCCUAACCCACGCUCCAGUGAUCGGGCACUUUGACUACGGGGCCCGAAGAAGCAGUGUCGGUGCAUUGUCGGUCCUGCUCCACAAAUGCCAGGACACCCUUGUGCGAUUCAAGAUGGCCUUUCCGAUUCCGCGGCACCCGGCGUGGCCGCUCGAACCGACCAUUCAUCUCCGCCAGCUUCAGGUGCUGGAGAUCUGGGUGACUCUCCUUCUCUCCGAUCGGGGCCUUGCGGCAUUGCUCCAGCGGCUCGACAACUUGCGGCACAUCAUCAUCCAUUAUUUCCCCUAUCCCGCCAGUCCCGGCGAGGCCCGGUGGAGAGUGGUGUUUGAUGCCAUUCGCAACCACCCCAAUCGGAUGCGCGUCCAGCUUCAUGACUUGGGACUGGAACACUCGAUCCGAGUGUCUCUGGACCAUCAUACAUCGCGAGGGGUGUCCUACCAGCCUACGUAUCCCGUCUGGAAAGAUGUUCGACCCAGUUUGAGCAACUACCUGGCGGGCUGUGGGGGGUGGAACGAGGCGUUGAAGCAUUGUUUUGGAUAG